GAUAGGAGACAGUUUCAAAGUAUGUCAGGCAAAAACGGUGCGAUAUUCUGCAUAUUUUGCAAAAAUAGGGUUCCAAUUGCUGAGUUUGCUGAUCAUGAAAAAUUAGAACUACACCAAAAUACCAUCAAGGCAAAACUUGGAGACAUGAGCAUUGGCUCGAUGAUGUGCAAAGCCUGCGUGGUUCCCGUCAACUCAGAGGUCAUUUGGAAUUCUCACUCUAAAGGAAGGAACCACAAAAAACAAGUUAACUUUCUCAAUAAAGUAGGGAAGACUGAGAAAUACGAGCGCCCAUUUAGUCUAAUCGAAUUUGAUAAAGACAGCAGCGACCCAGUAUCUGAUAAGAUGUUCUCAGUAGUUCCUGACCUGUUUGCUCCUAUUAUUGAGGAUGCAUCAAAAAAUGAAUCCACAACUCAUACAGAAGCAGUGAUAUCAGACAAUUUAUCUUCAGUUCAUAAUACUGAAUCCUCAGAAAAGUCUGCUGAUAUUUCAGAAGACGCCCCAACUAAUGUCCUUGAUACAAAAUCUGUUACAGAAGCUGAUGAAGGAAGCAAGGAAUCUAAAGAUGUUGUAAAUUCUCUUGAUCGUAGUUAUGAUAACAGAGGACAAAAUGCUGUCAGAAAGGACAGACAACUUAUAUCUGAAAGAAGGCUGGAGGCUAAACGUCGCAACAAACCACCAAUGUUUUUGCAAGAAGAUAGAGGUAUGCAGCCUAGAAGGGGGAGAGAUAUGGGUCAUCACAGAGCAGAAGAGAGGAUACGUAGAGAAAGAGAAGAACCAAAAUAUUAUAGGGAACGAGAAAGAGAAGAAAGAGAACCAAUGUAUAAAGAAAGGGAGGAUCGAAGAAAUCGUAGUAGAGAAAGAGAAAGGAAAAGGAAAAGUAAGUGGGGAGAUACGGAGAAGAAAAUCAGCAAGAGUGAUUACGAGAAAAUAGCUGAUGAAUUUCUUAAUAGUGGUGAGUCCAAAGAUGAAGACAUGAAAAACCUUGAGGUGGAAGCCGGUUCAGCAGUAAUGAAGGUUAGCACAGCAGCUCCAACCACGAUGCCACCCUUCCCUCCUCCACCUCUCUUUCCUCCCCCUAGUGCUAUGUUCCCUAAUAUUGAUCCAUAUGCUGGAGUACAGCCAGCAUUUAAUCCUCCUUCGUUUAUGGGGAUGCCUCCCAUGCAUAGAAUGCCGUUUCCUCCUCCUCCUCCUCAUAUGUUCCCUAUGCCUCCACCUGGUCUACCAAUGCCACCAUCCAGUCUUUCAAUGCCACCAUCCAGUCUUCCAAUGCCACCAUCCAGUCUUCCAAUGCCACCAUCCAGUUUUCCUCUACCUCCUGCAGGUCCAAUGCCAUCAACUAGUAUGCCAAUAACUUUAUCAAAACCACUCCCACCUCCAGAUGCCUUACCUGAGUCCCCUACACCAGCUUCUGAUCUUGAGGAUGAAGUUGAUUAUCCUGAACCCGAAGAAAUUGUUGACAGAGGUCACAUUGACAACACACCUAAACCUUCUGUUCCUUUCUUUAUUGAACAAAGUGAUGUUGAAAUCUUUAUCCCCGAAUUCUUUGCUGACCGUUAUGCUGAGCACCCACACAAGGGUGUUGUGAAAGCUGACCCAGAAGUAGCGUUAUUUGAGAUGAUUGAAAAAGAAAAGAGGGCCAAUGAACCAAUUCCUGAGUCCAUUCAUCUCAAGAUGAGUGCUAAACCAAUUCUUGUUUUGAAUGAAGAUGUGAAGCCUUUUAAUCCUGAUGUCUAUGAAUCCUUGAAAGGACGGGUGCUGCCGAUAAUCAAACCUAAUCAAAAGUUCGUUGUGAUUGGCAGCAACUGUUUGAAAGUCACUGGACCGAACCACUUUGUGUGUGACUUGUGUCAAGUCCAAUUUAAUGACGCCAGCAAGAUGGAGCACUUAUUAUCUAAACCUCAUUUGUUGAACAUCCUGUGGAAUUGGGACCCCGACAGCGCGCAAAUCAUUAAAGAUAUUGAGUUACUCAAUAAGAAUUUGUUUGAUAAGAAAGUAAUGGAGGCAGCAAACGAGAUACAAAAGAAGGAAAUUAAGUUGUUGAGUGAACAUCAGUUAAGAAUAAGAGCCCGUAUUCUUGACGAAAAUGUCGAUGAUCAGAAUAAACACUUUAUCAAAAACGAUGUUUUUGAUCCAGCUAAUUUCCCUGAUCACGAUUUUAGUUAUCUCAACCAGGAAAAGGAAGAGGAAAGUGAGGAUGAUGAGGAUGAUGAUGACAUCUUACCAGAUGACCCAAAUAAGCCAAAUAAGAUGAAGAUCCUAGAAUCAGGAAUCAUGAACAUGCUCAAAUCUACUGACAAGUCUCAAGUUGUAAGUGAUGAAGACACUGCUCUUGCAGCUCUUGGCAUCUGCAAAAGUCUGAUGCAGAAAAUGGGAGGUCGCUUCAAGAAGUGCAAGCAUACGCCCUCAGAAGAAACAGUCGAUAAAUUGAAAAAGGUGAAACAUUUUUUCAAUAAUUUGCUAAUCAUCCAGCAGAUAUUGGAUGUUUAUCCCAGUACUGCAUUGAAGGAGAAUUCUUCUUCUGCCCCCUCAGGAAAGGAGCCUAUCACUUCCAAGGUUGGUGUGCCACUACCCGCAGCUUUUACUCAGCCUGCAGCUUUUGCUGAUUACAACGCUGGGUUUCAGAAUCAUAAUUCUUCCCCCUCUACAUCUGUGACCAGCGAUCCUAGGAGAUCGAAACAGGCUGAUACAGGAUACAGCUUGUAUUCAACUAGUGUUGAUCAAGCCGGCAUUGAGUGGUACCGGCAAAAUAAACUCACUUAGUUUAAGUGUUUUUACUUUUGAUGAUUUUAAACUUUUUAAUAGUUGAUCCUUUGAACUCUAUUUAACUUCAAUACGUUUGAAUGACAUUUUAUAUAUGUUUUCCAAACUAUUGAGAUGCCUUUUUUGCCCAUUUUGGCAAAGUCUUGAACCCAUUUUUCCCCCAAUUUUUCCCACUGAACAAACUUGUAUUAAUACUUUAAUACCUCUGUUCAGUGGACCUACUAACUAAUACGAUAAUAUGUUUAAACAUAUUCGCAUAAUAUAUUAUAUAUUCUUUUUGAUUAUGUUGACGAGAUUCAGCGUGAAAGACUUAUAUCCUCCUAAAUGUUCCUCGUGUCUCAAAUUGUUGUAAAACUG